AACAAGGGUUUAAUCAGAAUAACAAACAGAUAACAGAAGAUAGAUGAAACAAGCUCUCAUGGAAAUUAAACCGUUUAUGGUACAAGCACCAGCAAUUCAUCUCAUCGUUCAAUCACCCUUUCCUGUUUCAAAUCAUAGAAAGAGCAGAAAUUGCCGCUUCAAAAUUACAGCUAAAACCCACUUCCACCAAGACAAUGACCAUCACCACCCUUACUUCCAAUCCGCUGUCACUCGCGCCUCCUUUCGUUUCCAAGAAUCCCUUCGAUCAGAGCCUCUAUUUGUCGAUCCCUAUGCUGGCUGCUUUGCACCUCCUGACCUUGAGUUAGAUGAAAACUGGAAUCAGAAGCUGCACCAUUACUGCGUUGGUACUAGAUUUAUCGAUGAUCAGUUGCUAAGUGCAACGAAGGGCGUUGAUGGAGCCAAACAGGUUGUUUUAUUUACAGAUGGAAUGGAUACAAGGGCUUAUCGUCUCAAAUGGCCUUCUUCAACUGUAAUCUUUGAUGUAUCACCACAAGCAGUUUUUAAUACAGCUUCUCAAAAGCUCCAAGAUGUUGGUGCUAAGAUUCUAAGAAGCUGCUUGCAUCUUCAUGUUCCUUUGGAGUCCUCUGAUAUGCAACAGCUUUUAUGUGAUAAAGGAUUUAACGGUAGCAGGCCAAGUAUAUGGGUGUUCCAGGGGUUCCCGAUCACAAAUUUGGCUGCUUUUAAAGAGAUUUUGUUUAUGGUUAGUAGUUUAGCCAUGAAGGGAUGUUUGUUCUUGGGUGAACUUCCAAUGUGGUUGACUGAAACCCAAGUGGGGGUCAAGUCUAGUGUGGAGAAAUGGAUGUAUGAGAUUUUCAUGAGCUAUGGUUUUCGGGUGCGAAUGAUAGGGUAUGAUGAGGUUGCAAAAAACCUUGGUCAAAAACAUGCAGUUGGAGACUCGGAUUACGUGCUUUUUGUUGCAGAACACCUACGGUUUUCUGAUUAUGAGAUGGAGAUUUGGAGGAGAGAAUUUCAGCGAGUGGAGGAAGAAGGCGAUGAAGAUGGAUUUGAGGAGCUCUAACCGAUUCAAAAAAUUGUAUUUUUGGUUAUUGUAUUUUUGCAACCGCCAUAGAUGACAUUUAUCAUCUCUGUUACGUAAUAUGCAUAAACAUUCACACUAUUUUGUACGAUUAAAAACAUAUCAGGUUACAAACAAAUUUAAUACAAUCACUCAGAGCACAAAAAA